CACCAGGCUCCCCUGCUGGCCCCACCAUGACGUCAGAGUCCACAUCACCCCCAGUUGUGCCCCCGCUCCACUCCCCCAAGUCCCCUGUCUGGCCCACUUUCCCCUUCCACCGGGAGGGCAGCAGGGUCUGGGAGCGGGGUAGUGUCCCAUCUCGGGACCUACCCAGUCCUCUACCCACCAAACGGACCAGGACAUAUUCGGCGACAGCCCGUGCCUCAGCCGGCCCCGUGUUCAAAGGUGUCUGUAAGCAGUUCUCACGCUCACAGGGCCAUGGCUUCAUCACUCCUGAGAAUGGGUCGGAGGACAUCUUCGUGCAUGUGUCUGACAUUGAGGGGGAGUACGUGCCAGUGGAAGGUGAUGAGGUGACCUACAAGAUGUGCCCCAUCCCGCCCAAGAACCAGAAGUUCCAGGCCGUGGAGGUGGUGCUCACCCAGUUGGCCCCCCACACUCCUCACGAGACGUGGUCUGGCCAGGUUGUGGGUUCCUAGGCUGGGUGGCUUUCGUGCCAGCCGGCCAGGUGGGUGGAGAGGCACAUGGGGUGGACAGGCAGCAGCCGGCCCUGUGCCCCACUGCACCAACUGGCCAGUCCCUGGGGGCCUCAGUGUGUACAUCUGUCUGUCUGUCUAUGCUUGUGGCUGUGAGCGUGUGCUCCACCCAUCCCGUGACCAUGACUGCUG